AUGCCGAAUGUUGAGGAAGUGAAUGGCUCCACUAAGUUUGAUACAAAAGUGGGGUCAAAGAAGAACAGCCAGAACGGGAAUGCGAAUGCUUCUACAUCAACAAGAAGUAGUGAUGAAAAGGGACGUUUGGCGAAGAUCAAAAACCACAAGUAUGUCAGAGCAUGUUGGGGUUUCGUGACCUGGACACCUGAGCGCUGUCGGUGGAACCCAGAAUCACCUCCAAAAUUCAGCUUGGGUUUGAACCUUCUAUUUGGAUUUGCUGGCACGUUUACAGUUGCGAACCUCUACUACAACCAUCCUAUUCUUAAUAUACUAGCCAGAGACUUCAACAUCACCGAUGAGCGUUCGUCUCUGAUUCCAACGGUGAUGCAAGCUGGAUAUGCCGCUGGUCUCCUCUUCCUCUGCCCCCUCGGGGACAUAUUCCCCCGCAGGGCUUUCGUUUUAAUACUAGUCUUCUUCACUGCCACAGUGUGGCUCGGCCUGUGCGUGACGAAGUCCUUCUCGGUUUUCCUGGCACUCUCUUUCAUCACAGCUGUCUCAACGGUCACCCCACAAUUAAUGCUCCCUCUCGUAGGCGACCUCGCCCCCCUCCACAAGCGUGCUACUGCGCUUUCAAUUGUCGUCUCAGGGCUACUCCUCGGGAUGCUCAUUGCACGACUCCUAUCUGGUAUUUUGACUCAAUAUACCAGCUGGAGAAGUAUCUAUUGGUUCUCGUUUGGCAUGCAAUACCUUUCCUUCUUAUUAUUAUUUCUCUUUAUGCCAGACUAUCCUAGGACGAUUCCUGGCGGUUUAAAUUACUUCAGUAUCCUCUUCAGCAUCUUAAAAAUGGUUGUCAAACACCCUGUAUUAGUCCAGGCGUGUGGAGUAGGGUUUCUCGUAUCCAGUACCUUUACAUCAUACUGGACAACCCUCACCUUCCUCCUAUCAUCCCCGCCAUACUCAUUUAACCCGGUCACAAUUGGGCUCUUCGCUCUCGUCGGCAUCGGAGCCAUGUGUUUCGGGCCCUUCUACUCCAAAGCAAUCAUCGACCGCUUCGUUCCACUCUUCAGCGUCAUACUAGGUCUCAUCUACUGCAUUACCGGCGUAAUAAUCGGCACAUACAGCGGGAAACAUACAGUUGCCGGGCCCAUCAUUCAAGCCUUUGCCAUUGACCUCGGUCUCCAAACAUCCCAAAUCGCAAAUAGAUCCGCAAUCUACGCCAUCGAACCGAAAGCGAGGAAUCGAGUCAAUACCGCAUACAUGGUCUCGGUCUUCUGUGGUCAGUUGAUGGGGACGGCCGUUGGUAAUAGGCUUUAUGCGAAGGGAGGUUGGAUUGCGAGUGGGAGUGCCAGCGUGGGGUUCAUUAGUGUGGCGCUCUUGUUUUGUUUUGCUAGGGCACCUUGGGAGCAGGGCUGGGUUGGUUGGGGUGGUGGGUGGGCGAUUAGGAGGAGGGAUUUGGCAGGAAGACAUGAGCCUGCGGUUGAGCAGGCAUUGAAUGAGUUGUCUGCUGAGUCUGGGAAGGAGUUUACUGAAGGUGAAAAGCCAGUGGAGGGUGAGGAGUCUGGCGCGAGGGAUGUGUCGCAUACCCAGUCGAGGUAG